AUGGCAGAAACCGAGGCCUCGCCGCAUAUCACGGCGUCGCUCGACGCGUAUGUGUUGCGACCGUUGCAGCGCGCUUCGUCCAUCAUGGGGUCGGGGGAUCUUUGGCAACGCGCCGCCGACAUGGAUGAAGUCGUCGCGGCGCACGGCUGCUCUGUUGCGAGCACCGCUGCGACGACGACGAACGAAGGGGCUGCGACAGGAAAGAAGUGGAGCGUGAUGGGGUCGACUGCGCGCAAGGUGCAGCGGAUGCUGUUUGCGGACAAAUCGGACAAAUCGGCGGCUUCUAUCGCAGACAGAAAGAACAAGCGCCUGCUGCCGUCGCUGCUCUCGAGCGCUCGCCGUCAGGAGCGCGCCGAACAGGACUUGAGUUUGCGGGUCGGCAGCUGUCGCGUGGAGAGCGCCGAGAGCGUUGCGGACGAUGGCGGAGAGGACGGCGCGGACCUCUACCGACGAAGCGCCUCGUUUCAGCACUUGGCGGUCGAUUCUUAUCAUGGCGAAAUGGCUGGACGGGAGGCGACGAGCGUGGACGAGCGAGAGGAUUCGGAACCCGGCGGCGCGGAUCCAAAUCGCCGUGCUGAUUGUGAUCUUCCAGAGGGGCGUGCGGAAGGCGUCGAUUUCAUUUCGUUGUCCCCGCGCGCGACGAGUGCGACGAAUGCGACGGGUGUACCAGAGGGCGUAGACCGACCGUGUUCUGUAAAUAAGCACUCAGCAUCGCCGCCCGAAUCAAACAGCUCACGCGACAGAAUCGUAUCGGCGCCGCCUCGUCCCGUGCGCCCGCAGACAGCCCCCAGCAAGAGCGCCGCUUCCCCCCGUUACUUCGACGCGCGUGAUCCCAUUUUUUCCCGACGCAAGACCGCGCCAGUAGCCCCUGCCGUGCUGCGCGAAUCGGGUGCUGCCUCGGGCGAGCUCAAGCCGCAGCUCGCCGACGAGCCGCUUCUCGCCUCCGCCUCGGAUUGGUCAAGCGCCGCGCUUUCCCUUGUUGCGCCCCCCCCUCCACCCAUUGACACGCCCCCCGCGCUACCGUUACCAUCCCCUGUCGUUCCCCGGCCCCCCAGCAGCGACGGAGUGGGGAACAGAAGCGGCAGGUUGAGGGCGGGAAGGGGGCGCGCGGGCGGAAGGGCGGGGGAAGGGCUUCGAGUGGAUGUGGCAGGCAGGCGCCAGCGGUCAAGGCACAGUGAUGAGCUGGCAUGGGCGGAGGCGCUAGGGGGGCAGGGGCUGGUGCGGAGCAAGACAGCGGAGAGAGAUGCGGGCGCGAGGGGGCGUACAGGCGGGGAAGUGGCUCGUGUGGGGCGACAUCACCACCUGUCGGCCUCUUGGGACUGCGAGGGGGAGAUUGGCAUGGGGAGGGAAGACAAGGGGGCGUUCCCUGUUAGGGUUGAGAGCUUGGACGAAGCAAGUUGGGGGAGUGUUUCGGGGAGGGAAAGGCCAACCUCAUCGGGAGGAAGGGUGCCUAUCACUGCGGUGAGCCCUCGGGUGGUGAGGCAAGGAUGGGGGCUUGUUCCUCAUGCGCCGUCUCCCCCUCCAUCCCCCUCUCUUCCCCCCUCUCCCCCUCCUUCCCCCUCUCUCCCCCUCCCUCCCCGUUACUCCCCCUCCUGCCGCUCGCUCGGUGCAGCGCAGGUGGCGUCAGUGGCGCAGUGGUGCACAUUCAACAUUAUCAUGAUCCUCGUCAACAACGAGAUCUUCCAGCGGUACGGCUUUGCCUUCCCGCUCACGCUCACCGCCAUCCACUUCGCGCUCUCAUUCGUCGGCGCCUUCACGGCUAUUGAGAUCCUGCAGGUGUGUCCCAAGGCGGAGGUGGAGGCGGGGGAGAUGGUGGCGUGGGUGAUGCCCAUGGCGGUCGUCACCUGCUUCAACGUGGUGCUCGGCCAGCUCUCCCUGCGCUACGUGCCGCUGCCCGCCCUCCUCUCCACCAAGGCCCUCUCGCCCGGCCUCACAGUGGCUAUCCAGGCGCUGGCGCUACAGGCGGAGUACGACUGGCGGCUGUGCCUCUCGCUGCUGCCGGUGAUGGCGGGGGCCAUGCUGGCCUACGCGCCCUCCGUGCACUUCGCGCUGCCCACGUUCCUGUCGGCGCUGUGCUGUGUGGUGCUGGGCUGUGCCACUGUCAUCUGUGCCGAGGUGCUGCUCAAAGGCAAGCAGUACAGCCUCGACUCCCUCAACGCCCUGUACCAGCUGGUGCCGUACUCGGCGCUCAUUCUUGCGCCACCAGCAGCAGUGCUGGAGGGGUGGCAGCUGUGGGGGUGGUUCAUGGCUCAGGCCAACCCCUGGCCCGCUGUCAUCGCCAUCCUCAUUAGUGGCUGCUUUGCUUUCUGCCUCAACUUCUCCCUCUUCUACACGAUUCAAAAGACCAGUGCGCUGACGUUCAACGUGGCGGGCAAUCUGAAGCUGGUGAUAACUCUCAUCUUCUCCUGGCUGCUCUUCCGCACGCCCAUGGCCCCCAUCAGCCUGCUCGGCUGCCUGCUGGAGCUCGUAGGCGUGGUGUGCUACGGCUGGGCGAUCUUUUCCAUGCGCAAGCAACAGGUGGAGCUUUUGAGAUCGCCCUCUGCGCAGGUUAGGGUGGAGCAGGAGGCUAGUGACGACAUUGUGCAGGUGUACCUAGGAGCCAUGCUGUAA